AUGCCGGAAAGAAACAUGGUUUCCUUUGUUACUUUGAUACAGGGGUUUUCCCAGUCAGAAAAGUACAUUGAGGCAGUUGAGCUGUUUGUUAGGUUACAUAGGGAGGGUCAUGGGCUUAAUUCAUUUGUGUUCACUACAAUAUUGAAGGUUCUUGUGAGUAUGGAGUGGUCAGAGUUUGCUUGGUGCGCUCAUGCUUGUAUAUGUAAGCUUGGUCAUGAUGCUAAUGCCUUUGUUGGUACUGCACUUAUUGAUGCUUAUUCCGUUUGUGGGAUUUCUUCAAUUUUCUUCUGGACAGAUGGACGGUACUUUCUCCAGGCAGAACAGCAGUUGAACUCCAGUUGGAUUCUCAUGCGAGCAGGUAAUUUGGGAGUGCCAACCACAAGUGAGUUGCUUAAUGGUGUCUUAACUCCUGGUUCCAGAAUUGGCAUUGAUCCUGUUCAGUAA